UAUUUUUACUUCGGAUGAAAAAAAAAUUCUGUUUUGUUAUGAUUUACCCUAAGAAUAUUUUAUCAACAUGGGUAAUGGUCAGAAACUUUUUUUUUUUUCGGUCAAGGGUCAGAAUCUAAGUUACUGAGAGAAAAAUGUCCCAAUUACCAAAGUUGGGCUGUGUUAUCAUUUUAAAAGCCCACAUCAAAACCAAAUCCUUAGAAAAGAAACAAAAAAAGGGAAAAGAAAAAAAAGGGAAAAGAAAGUUGCAAGCUCGUUGAUUGUAAAACCCCUAAUAAACCUCUAACUGCCGAGAGGCGAGAGCUCCCAUUGUGAGCAACCAUGGCACCAAACAAACCGAAGAAGAACAAGAACAAGAAGGGUCGAUACGGCGUCGCAGAGAUAAAAACCCUAGGCAAUGAUCUCCUCUCUUCAGCUUCAAACAUCAACAACCUUCCUCUUCUCCUCAAUUUUGUUAACCCUUCUUCCCCACCACACCAUCUCCUUGAAUCCCUUCUCUCUCUCCACUCCUUCUUCCUCCCUCUCCUUCCCACUCUCCCUUCCUCCUCCUCACGUGCCGCCGACGCAAAAGGAUCCGAGCACCAGUCACACUUCAUCUACAAUGCCUGGCUAAGGUCAAAGUUCGAUGAGCUCGUCAAGUCUCUCCUAGAGGUUCUUGUUUCGCCGCGGCAACAGCAGGAGGAGCAGGAGGCUGUCAAGGAGGUCGUGCUUGACACGCUAAUGGAGUUCGUUAAGGUUGCUAAUGGCGGCAGGUUCCAUUCUGCUAUAUACCAUAGGUUCCUCCAUAGCAUUGUCCAUUCUGAGAGUUCGGUUGAAUUUUUGGUGGAUUUACUAACAGCGAAGUAUUUCAAGUAUAUUGAUGUGCGUUAUUUUACACUCAUUAGCCUGAAAAAGCUGGCAACAACUUUGGAGGGAAAAGAUCAAUCAGAGGAUAAAAGUGAAAAUGCAGAUGUUGCGGAUGCAAGUCAGUUGAGUUCAAGUACGGAGCGUGUCAUCCACAAUAUCUAUUACACCAUAUCACGUGUCCCUCCUUUUGAAAACUCAGAUAAUACAUCUGAUCUUGAAAUGUGGAGCAGAUCAGAAAAUGAACAUAAGCAGCCUUGUGGAGAUGUGAAUGCAGAUGAUAAGCAGGUGAAGCCUGAAAAGCAUGACAAUAGUGUACUCUCUGCAGCCAAAAUUGCUAAGAAAAUGAAGUUAAAAUUUACCCAAGCAUGGCUUUCAUUUCUCAGAUUGCCACUUCCACUUGAUGUGUACAAGGAGGUUCUUGUUAAUCUCCACCAAGUCGUUAUUCCACAUCUUUCAAAUCCUGUCAUGUUGUGUGAUUUCUUAACAAGAUCAUAUGACAUUGGUGGCGUUGUCAGUGUGAUGGCUCUUAGCAGCCUGUUUAUACUCAUGACCCAGUAUGGAUUGGAAUACCCAAAUUUCUACGAAAAACUCUAUGUUCUCUUAGUUCCAUCUAUCUUCAUGGCGAAACAUCGAGCAAGAUUUUUCCAGCUUCUUGAUUCUUGCCUCAAGUCACCACUUCUUCCAGCUUACCUGGCUGCAUCAUUUGCUAAGAAAAUGAGUAGGUUAUUGCUUUCAAUUCCUCCCUCAGGAGCAUUGGUCAUUACAGCUCUUAUCCACAAUAUUUUGCGUAGACAUCCAUCAAUUAAUUGUUUGGUGCACUGGGAAGAUCAAGUUGAUGAAGGAAAAGGGGAUAAGGCAACAGAUGAAGCAACUGCUGCAAACUCGGACGACGCAAAGGUCAGUGCCAGCCAAAAGUUAGGCAUUGACCAUUUCAACUACGGAGAACCUAACCCUAAGAAGUCAAAUGCUAUGAGAAGUUCUCUUUGGGAAGUUGAUACUAUUCUUCAGCACUACUGUCCUCCUGUCUCACGGUUUGCUUUGUCUCUUGAGAAUGAUUUGACAGUCAGGGCCAAAACAAGUGAGGUUAACGUUGGUGAUUUUAGUUCUGGUUCAUAUGCAACAAUAAUUGGAGCAGAGAUGUCGCGGAGGGUAAAGCAGGUUCCUCUUGCAUUCUACAAAUCAACUCCUUCCACUUUGUUUUCAGACGCCGAUUUUGCUGGUUGGACUUUUGAUUUCAAAGACACCUCCGAAAUAAUGCACGGUAGCGAUGAGAAUGCUGAUAAAGAUGAUCAAAACUCUGGGAAACGGCAACGAGUAGUGUGACCAGGAUUCAUGUUUAUCAACCACCAAGAGUGUCUACUGCUUGUGUUCUGUGAAGAUGUGCUACCAUACCUUCCUAUAUUUUGUUAAGCAAAGGAGGAAAAAUGAAUCUUUAAGGAGUUUGGAGGGAGUGUUACAUGCCUAUUCAUACUAACCAAAAAAGCGUGACUAAAUAUGUGAUACUCAUCUCCAUUAAUUUUUGUAGCUUAAGGUUGGGGGAUUCGCUUAGCCUGUUGUUUAUAUAUUUUUAGUAAAUUGAAAUUCAAUGUGAAAAUUUUCAUGUAUCUACAAAGCAGCAUAAGCACCAUCAGUUUAGCAAUUAGCACUGUUUCUGUUUUUAUGUAUUUGCCUUGGUUCGGACUCGGAAUUGUAAACAUUAAGGGU